AUGAAUUUUUUUAACUAUCACACAUUUCCAAGUACUAGUCGCCAUGCCUCUGACGUGGCAGCUCAGAUAUUUGAAAGAAAAAGUGCUGAACACAAAUCCAAUGUUCUGGAAAAUAUUUACAACAAAAGCAGCGAUGACUUGUGGAUUGAAUCUUGGUUGCAACAGAACAACAUUUAUACAGCAAUUCCAAAAUUAAAAAGGAUUAAUGUACCCUUGAAUGCUAUCUCCAUUCAUAACGCUAAGACCUCAUUAAGGGAUUGUCUUUUGCUUCUAGAAAAACUAUCCAAAGUUCAUAGUGAACUUGAAGCAAAUGUUAGCACUAUGUCCUCCAUAGAAUGGAAACAGCGAACAGUAGAAAUUGGUGUUUUAAAAGACGAAUUUACAAAACUGAUGUGCAAAUUUGAUAAUCCCGAGGUCAUGAGGUAUCUUAAAACAUCAGUCCUCACAAGAAAAAAGAAGAGACAAAGCCACAAGAAGCAAAAAACAUUGAGAAGAUUACAACACACAAAAGAACUUGAAGACCGGAAUAAACUGCACAAAGAGAUUGAUCAUUGGCUUUUAAGUAUGCAUGAUGAACUGGAAAAGAUUAAAAUGGAAGAAAACAUGCAAAAAGAAGCAGAUUUGGUUUUGUCAGAAGUUACAAAGAAAAAAUCUGAUGCCCGAAAGCAAUUGUCAUUAAUUAUAGGUCUAGUUAAAUUAAGAACAGUACGCGAGAAUGUGGCUAUUCAGAGAGGUGAAAGGCCCUCCUUAGAGGACAAGAAAGCUUUUAAUAUUACUACAGAAAAAUUGGUGAAAAUGUGGGAAGCAUCUCUCAAAACAUACUCCACAGAAGAGCAGGGACUUAAGUUAAUGUUAGAGAAAAACGCAACAGAAGAUUCUAAAGCGGCUAGAUUGGCUAAAGAACGGAAACUAGUAGAAGAAUGGAAAACUGUUUUAUUUGGAUCAUCUCACUCAAUUUCAUCGACCAACCCAACAUACUGGGCAUUAACAGCGGCCGAACGAGAUAUGGAAACUUUUGUAGCGAUUAGAAAAAGUUGGGAUACAUUUUUGGUUCCACCCAAAAAUGAAUCUGGGUCUAAAAUUCCUGUGGGUUGGGUUCUACCCAAUUUUACCCCUAGCCAGAGUUGGUCGCAAUAUCUAGAUUGGAAUUAAGUUAAUUGCUCAUUUGAGUUCAUUAUUAUAAGAGUUUAUUGGAACAUUUAGUAUUAGAAACCAUUAUUUUUCUUAAGCUAUGAUAGGCAUGUUUGCUUUUUUAAAUAAAAUGUGUACACUACAAACAGU